AAUCUGUUAAAUAUUAAAUUUAAAUUAUUAUAUCCAGAAUAUGUACGGUAUUUACGGGUCGAGCCGUCUGGUAAAAAUUCUUCCGGUCUUGGGAUAUCCGUUUGUCCCACUCUGGCGGUCGCAGCUGAUUUCAUUUAUCAUGAAAUACGGCACACAUGUUGCCACCAAGUAUCCCACAUGUUUACGCCGACAGCCCAGGCAGCACUGGGAGGGAGGUUUAGUGCAGCCCCUAUCAAGAUAUGGCGCUACGAUAGACUCCGAGGUAGGUGAGUGUGUAGGUAUGAGGUGGCAGUCCGCCGUAGUCAUUCAGCAAUCGCCGGCGAUGGCAGACGGACGACGGAGAACAUCGAGUGGAGCAACAAACAAAAGCGUCUCGGGAGAGGACGGAUGUGACAGCGUAUCUUCUCCCAGAUACGCCAUCCUCGACUGUGAUGGCGGGAGUGAUGAUGCCUGGGCUCUGCUUCUCCUGCUCCAUGCCCGGAAGACGCACAACAUCCAGCUCCUGGCGAUUACAACGGUGGGAUGUGGAAACACCAAUCGGGAGAACUCCGCCCGCAACAUGAGGCGCAUUCUCAUUGCCAGCAAACGCACGGAGAUCCCCAUUUAUUUAGGGGCCGUGGAUCCCCUAAUCCCCUCCUGCGAAGACGAGAAGAAAUACUUCCAUGGACGUGAUGGCUUCGGGGAUUGCCUCGAGGACGAUGGUGAACCGGUGGAGUGCUUUGUCCAGCCGGAGCACGCGGUGCCCGCCAUCCAUGCCCUGUGCCAGGCGAGACCCAAUCAGAUCACCAUUUUCGCCGUGGGCCCAUUGACGAAUCUGGCAUUGGGCUAUACGAUGUACGGGGAGCAGUUUGGGAACAACUUCCGGGACAUCUUCAUCAUGGGCGGCAACUACCAGGGCGUGGGGAACUCCUCCCGGGCCGCCGAGUUCAACUUCCACUCCGAUCCGGAGGCGGCACACACGGUGCUCCUGAAGAGCCGCUGUCCGAUCACCAUCCUGCCCUGGGAGCCCUGUCUCCCGGAGAAAUUCAACAUUCCCAUAGAUUGGCGCCUCAAGGAGUUCGGCGAAAGGGCCAAGGAGGCCAAUCAUCCUGCCAUCACAAUGCUCAACCAGGUGGAGGCCGCCCAGUGGCUGCCCAUGAUCGAGCAGUACGGGAUUAAUACGUGGAAUCCCUGCGACGCCAUCGUGGUGGCUGUCUGGCUCUUCGAGGAGCGGAUCCUUUGCAAGCACAGCACCUGGCACGCCGCCGUGGACCUCCGGGGCACUCACACUCGCGGCCAGAUGGUGCUGGAUCAUCUCCGGGAGCGGGAAAAGUAUCCGGAGAACGUACGCAUCAUCGAGCUGGUGGACGCGGAGUUCUUCAAGCGGAUCUGCGAGUGGGUGGCCGGUCUGGAUGACGGCAUUAUAGUGGAGGGCACUCAAUAAAACCAUAUCUCUAGUAAUUUCCAAA